AUGAUUGGACAUGUCUUAACUGUUGAAAGUUGUUUUGAUUUAAGUGAAACAGAAAAGAAGGGUUCAAUAUAAGCUUCAGGAAAUAUCAAACUAGUUUUAUAAGAGUCACUUAAGCUAGCUAAGAUAAAUGCAUUUAAAUUUUUGAAUGAAGAGCAGAAAUAAAAAUUAUAGAAUUCUGCUAUUCAUAUGCAUUUUACAGAAGGAGCAACUCCAAAAGAUGGUCCUUCUGCAGGAACUGCUAUCACAACAGCUUUAUUAAGUUUAGUUAUGAAUGUUGUUGUGCCUAGUAACUUAGGAAUGACUGGAGAAAUUUCAUUAAAUGGAUAAGUUUGUAAAAUAGGUGGAUUAUAACAAAAGUUGAUUGCUGCAAAGACUCUGGAUAUUGUCGACAUAAUUCUUCCAUAUGCCAAUUUAGGUGAGGCAUUAAAUUUACCACAACAACUUAUCAAAGGCCUUAACUUAUACUUUGUUACAGAUUACAGAUAAAUUUAUGAAUUGAUAUUUGAGCAACAGAUUGCUAAUAAUAAUUAUACAAUUAAUAAAAUAAAAAAUGGAGUAUAUGAAACAGAUCAAAAUGGAACUAAAGAACAAAUAUAAAGUACAAUUAAUUAUUGA